UGGCAGACUCAGACUUCAAUUGUCAUGGAGACUAUCUCGGGAAUAGCUGGCCACUAGAUCAGAUCCCUUGCUAGGCGAGGACUAUCCACAUCUUCAAGGCAGUAAUCGACGCUAUUGAUCGCUUCUACAGCUCACAAGUGAUGAAUAGACGAGAGCCCUGUCCAAACUCACGCCUUCUCCCGUCCUUACCGACCUUCUGGUCCGUAUUCUUCAGCCCGUCAUUUCUAGCGCCCGUCGCAAUGAGGCAUUCUGCAUAUGCUUCAUCAAGCUGGGCUCCGGGAAUCGGGAAUACCGCGAAUAAUGCUUCACCUGGCCUAUUGCCAUUUGCUCCCCGUCUCGGCAUCCCUCCCGUCUUGGCAAAUGGGAGACUGGUGGAUUUGCCUAUCCGCUGUAGGCGAACGUUGACAACUGAUUCUAGCCAAUUGAGUAACUUUUCCUACAUGUGCAGUUGGCCGGGUUGUCAAAUGGCACAGCAAAGAACUGCACACUAUUCUGAUUGACUCCUCACUGCGUAUAAGCCAAACAUCCACAUACUGCGUUCAGCGGCUUGAUCCCUCUCUUUAUAGACACAAAGUUCCAAGCAGGCUGUUUACGCGGAUUCGAAAUCGGCUAAAGCCAACUAGCUUGAAACCAAAGUUCUUCUUUAGCAGCGGUUUCGCCUCGAGUCGGGAGCAUCCCGAAGUCUUCUGCCAAGACCGACACCCGGACUAUGUCGACCGCGAAAUGGCUAAAUCCAAGCACUAGUUAGUUAGCCUAGUACGCAAAGCAUAGUCAGUGACUUGAACUUUGGUCUCCGAUUUCGUAUCAUGCCGCACAAUGUUGCCAUUGAUCUUGCCGUCAAUCU